CCCAGAGAACAUUCUGAAACUCUUACGUAAACAAUGUUCGAGAUAUCCGCGAAAGCGAAGUAACGAGGCGAGAUUUCAAGUCUGUACUCUAUGCGAAGAUGAGCUCGAGGGGCGAACAGGUAGAAGCCUCGAGCAGCGCACAAGAAACAGGAGAUGUCUCUGUAUGGGAUAUACCGGCGGGAGUACGGAUCAAGCAGUCUGUCGGUCGCGGAAGAGGACUGUUUGCCGAAUCGUCUUUCAAGCCAGGUGCUCGUAUACUCAGAACCAAGCCGAUAGUCGCUGUCAACUCUACCAAGAAUCUUUCCACCUUCUGCUCGGCCUGUCACCUGGCACCUGGAGAUAUCGCUAUUGCCAGAGGACAGAGGAAUUCGGCGAUAACCCUUAAGCGAUGUCAGGGAUGCAGAAUUGUGCACUACUGCUCGCAGGGAUGCCAGACGGGUGACUGGACAUUCCAUCGUGAAGAAUGUCGAGCACACAAACGUUUGCGUGUGGAGUAUGCCAAGUUCAGGCCGAAUGCUCGCCUGGACGAAGAUCUCAGCUGGAUCAUGGAUGAGAGAUUCAGAGCUGUUGGCAGGCUGUGUUGGGCUAGAAAGAGGGAGAUGCAAAAUGGACGUGACCCAGAUUGGUGGGCCCAAAUUGACGCCAUGGAGUCUCACAUCGACCGCAUGCCCCAGCAACAAAUAAUGGAGCUUGGACAACAGAUUCAGCGAUUCCGACAGUAUUUAUCAGCAGCCGAGCGCGAUACACCUGGCCUGGCUGACAUGGAAGAAUAUGGCUUCGGGAGGUCAUCCGACCUGCUAAAGCUGUUCUCCGCGUUUCAAAUCAACUCAUUCACCCUUUCAUCUCCUUCUCUUUCACCGAUAGGAGUAGCCAUGUCACCCAUCGUGGCGCUCUGCAAUCACUCUUGUGAGCCCAAUGCGGUUGUUGUCUUUCCGCACGGUGGCCGCGACAUGGACAUCGUAGCUAUACGACAAAUUGCAACCGGGGAAGAAAUCUUAACAAGCUACAUUGAUAUUUCACUACCUUUAGCGGAACGUCAAGCAGACUUGAAGGAAAGAUAUGGCUUCAUAUGCGAUUGUGAACUCUGUCAGAGGUCCAGAGAGACUUCUUGGGUUGACCCCAGGUGGUGUGUAUAUGAUUCAUCGGGGGGUUUGAAGAGCUUCGAAGGUGAGUGCUCUGACUUCAAUGACUGCUCACAAUCUUCAUCCUCAGUUGACAAGCAUUUCGAUUCGAUGAUCCAGCAAGGCAGGGCGAUGCUGAACGAGGACGAGGCUGGCACCCUAGAUGUCCAGCAAGCACUGGUGAACUUCAGAUCCCUCAUUCCGACGCUAUCACAGAAGAUGCCAUCAUCGUCGUACCCUCUGCAAGCUCUACUACGUCUUCAGGCUCUGCUAUUGUCUCCUCCGAGAAGCACUGCAGAUCGCGAUUUAGCCAUCGCGAGUCUCUCAGCUGCAUUUGCUGGCGCUGAGAAAGUGUACCCCGCUGGUCAUCCGACACUCGCCGUCAUCUCUGCCGAAUGGUGCAAACUCGUUGCUAUGGAUUCGCCAGAGGACACGCCUACCGAUAUUUUGAAGAAGCUCAAACAGGCUGUCAUUGGGCUUCGGAAGACCGUUAAGCUCAAUGAGGUUGGUUUUGGGGCCGGAGGUGGAAUAGUUGGAAAAGAGAUGACAGAGCUGUUGAAGGCGUGUGAAGUCGAAUUGAGUCAGCUAGCAUAGUCGAAUCGCAUCCAGUCAUUGG